ACGCAGCAGGGAGAAGAGAUUUUUCCAUGUGGGCUUAUCGCGACCUCCGUGUUUAACGACACGUUCGAGAUUGAGGGCAUCCCCAUUGAUACAGAGUCCUCAGACAUGCCUGUCUGGCGCGAGUUCCACAAUCCACCAGACUAUCCAGAGCGGCCCAACGUCUCUUGGCUCUACGAGCGAUACCCGACGGUCACGAGCCGUGCCCUCGGGAUUCAAAGCAAACGCUUCAUUGCCUGGAUGCUGCCCAACUUCCUCAACCGUGCUGGGAAGCCUUACGGCGUGGUAUCGCAGCCCUUGAAGAAAGGGCAGCUCAUUACCUUGCACAUCACUUCCACAUUCCGAGUUCAGGCUUUGGGAGCCACAAAGACUUUGCUGCUAACGCGAGGAGCUCAAAAUUACACGCUCGCCUACAUUCUGCUGACCAGCGGAGCUCUCUGCUCUGCGUUGGUCGCCACGGUUAUCGCCGUCUACCUGUCAUGCGGCCGCCAGCCAGGGAAGCCGCGGCAAAGGCUUUCAGGCUUUUCAACCAACUGGAGACACGGCCCAGAAUUUGACAGCACGAGCAGCGAAGAGGAGUCGAGUGCUUGA